GGACAUAGGAUAAUGAUGGAUCCGUUGCACUCGUCUCACCCCACCAUCGCAUCUCAUUCGUAAAGCUCCGUCAUCCUGGACUCAUAUCUCCCACGUCAACCCAAUUCCACUUGUUCCGCUCAGCUACCACGAAUUCCAUUCAAUUAACGCUCCGACUCCAGAGCCGACAUCCUAUUCUAGCAAGCGGAUUUCCCAGAAUCUACCAUACGAAUACACCAACCAUGUCGGAAUCCAAGCGGCAGAAGCUGUCUUCCGGCAGCAGCCACACCCCCAUUUACCAUCUCAUCUAUUGGCCUGACAUACCCGGACGCGGCGAAUUCGUCCGCCUCGCAUUCGAAGCCGCCGGAACCGCCUACCUGGACGUCAGUAACGCCUCGUCCGCGGGCGUGAAACCCGUCCUGUCCCUCAUCUCCGACAAGCACGUCGGUGACGAUGUGGGCAACCCGCCCAUUUUCGCGCCGCCAGCGCUGAAGAUCGUUGAUGGGAAGGGUGAGGGCAAGGACCUGCUGAUUCACCAGACGCCGAAUAUUCUGGCGUAUUUGGGGGAGCGGUUGGGAUUAAUCGGGGAGGAGGAAGGGGAUAAGUAUCAUGUUAGUCAAGUGGCCCUGACGGCAUUGGAUCUCUGUGAUGAGUGCCAUGACACACAUCAUCCGGUGUCUGUGGUGAAGUAUUACGCUGAGCAAAAGGAGGAGGCAUUGAAGAAGGCGGAGGACUUCCGAGCCUCGCGCAUUCCGAAGUUCUUUGGAUACUUCGAGAGAGUCUUGAAGAGCAAUGAGAGCGAAGCGAAGGGCAAAUAUCUGGUUGGUAGCAAGCUCACAUAUGCGGACACAACCGUCUGGCAAGUAGUGAACGGUGUAUCCUAUGCUUUCCCGAAGGAAGUGGAAGCGCGGAAGAAGGAUUAUCCUCUUCUCUUUGAGACGUUUUACCCAGGCAUCCAAGAAGAGAAGGGCAUCAAGCAAUAUCUUGCGAGCGACCGGAGGCUGUCGUAUUCCGAUGGCAUUUUUAGGCAUUACCCCGAGUUGGAUCAGCAGUAAGAGUUCCUAACGGUGAAGCAUGACCGCAAAACGGUAUUCUGGCGUAGGGGAAGAUAUAAUCCUUCCGUGGAGUCAAGUUUCAAUGGCACAAUGACAUUAAUGGUCAACGUGAAAUCGCAAUUGAAUUGCUUUUUGAUAGACACAAUGCCUCGCUCUAAUCAUCGAGGAAUACCCAUCUCGUCCAUGACGCCGACCAUGUUAUGAAGUAACGGCCUAAUAAUCGCUAGCCACAGACUGAGGGAACUCGAAGUUGACACCCUUGCCGGUCAAUCGCUUGUAGACCUCGGAGUAGGUAUCGAGCCUGUAAUCAACGCCACCACGCUCCUUCUCAUCGAGAACCACCUUCAGGAGCUUGCUUCCGUCCUC